GUCAAACGAAAAGAGAGAAAAAUUAUGUCAACAAAACAUUCAAAGCGUUAUCCGCCUACAUUUUAUUUACGAUAAUUUCGUUCAUUUUACCCGUGAAAAUUAUAUUCAAAGUGCUUCUAGUGGUUUCGGAACUUUAAUCUAAAUGCUCUAGCAUCCGGUGCAAGUGCGGAUUGGUGAUUUCGUUGUCGCGCUGGUGUGAAAAACGUAGCGCAAAAAUGGCAGCCGGUAUCAAAUACAUCAUCCAGAAGGAAAUCUUCGACGCCCUGGAGGAACGGAUCCUGUCGGUGUGCAAUGUGAGCAAGCUGCUGAAGAAGAAAAAAACGUCCUAUCUGUGCGUGAUCUCGACCACGAAGCCACGGAUUGUGGUGUCGAUUUGCCAGGUGAAACAGUACGACAAGGGCGUCUGGAAGAAGAAACGGACGUGGACACUGGAGGAAGUGAAGGGGGUGGACGGCCGCAAUGAGUCACCCGAGACGCACGAAUUUGAUCUCUGUUUGGAAAAGGUUUACCGCUGGUUCGCGGCCAAUCUGCACGAGCGACAGAAUUUUAUAACCGUGUUGUGGAAGCAGCUGCAGAAACAUGUCCUGGCGGAGGAGCGACCAGUGUUUAAGAAUGUUCCGCGAGCUUGGCUCACGGAACGAUCGCCGGAAAAGGCUGUAGCCGAUGGGAAGUUUGCCACGAUGGGUGCUCGAGGAGGAGUUGAGGAGGAUGAUGAUUUGGAUGACAUGGUGGAGAGUGAGGAUUUUCAUGCCUUGACGGAAAAAGAGGAGACCAAUUUAAGCAGGUUGAUCGGAGAAUGUGACUAUGCAAUUAGCAACGCUGAGCAGUUUAUGGAACAGUUGGGGAAAAAUCUGCAAGAACUGGAUGGGGCAAAUAUUCAAAGUGUGCUGGCAUCAGAGAAGCAAGUGGAUGCCCUGAUGGAUCAAAUUGAAGCGGCCAUCACGGAGGCAGAAAAGGUAGAAAAGCGGCUGGACGAUUACGAUGAAAUCUUAUGCCACAUUCGGGAAAGCAUGGAGAAGAUGGGCGAAAAGAAUCAGAUGAUUGAAGUGGCCAACACGAACAAUGUCAAACUGCUGCAGGAACUAGAAAAGGUAGUCUUUCAGUUGGACCUUCCUCACGUGCAUCAACUGGCGCUGACGGACACGGAUCUGACGCCGAAAGGUUUGCCAGCAGCGAUUGCGGCCGGCAAGGCACUUCAGACGGCGAUGAACAGUGACAUUGAUCCGUCAUUACUAAGGCUCACAGCCGUUCAGGACCAGCGGAAGCGGUUCGAGAAAUGGAAAGCAAAGUUUUCACAAACCGUCAGUCGACAUCUGAACAAUUUGUUUAUCCACUUGGGCAAUUUGGGUGAUUCACAGAGUCCCCACUCCGGUGACUUGAAUCUUCCAAAGCACAAUUCCGUGCACAAAGAACUGUCGGCGUAUGCGGAGCUGAUGCAUUGGAUGAAGGCAAUGGACCGUAAGGCUUACGAUGCGCUGAUCAAAGUCUACACCAGUUCCCUCAGCAAGGUUUACGAUCGUGAUAUCCGGUUGUUCUUCGAGGCGGCCAAGCAUUCCAUUUCCGGACGAAGAUUUGGCUCCAGAGAAGACUUGAACAGCAGUUCCAUGAGUAACAAAUUGAAACUGGGCCAGCAGAGCAGCAAACAGCCAACGCAGCCGUACGGUAUCCUGGGAGUCAACCGGGAACUGUGGAGUGCUGGUGCCGAACCCGCUGAGCGGCAAAAAUUCGAUUCUAUUCUGGAGAAAGUUUUGGCAGAACUGGAGCCGGUGGCCCUCAGUGAGCAGCAUUUCUGUAUAGCUUUCUUCCAGUUGGAUGUGAUUAGCCCUACCGGGAAGAAUACUCAGACGACGUUGGACAUGAGCGCCGCUUUGCAGGACAAAGAGCGCGACGAGCGAGAUACGGCGGUAAUGAUUCCCCAGAAGCGAUUGGAUCGGCAAAUCAACGAAGAAGUGCGGAGAAUGAUGGGAGAGCUGUUUAGCAAUCUUGAGCAGGAGCUUAAUAGUUUCAUUUUGAGUUUUGAAAAGCUGGAUAGCUACUACUCGCUAUACGUACUCGUCCGCCUGACGCAGCACGUGAUGUCCGCUCAGGACGCUCAAUCCUUCCUCAGUAUGACGUUCGCCUCGGCUCUGAUUCAUGUCAAGCGCAAUUUCGACAAGUUCAUGAACCUCCAGCUGCAGUCAAUCCAGGAGGCUAAAGUUCCAAAGCGCUCCAAAUGUGGACUACUUCCGUAUGUGGAAAAUUUCGAGGAGUUUGCCGUGACGGCCGAGUCUAUCUUCAAGAAAACUGAGCGACGAAACGAUUUGGACAAGUGGUACCUCAAACUGGUGGAGGCGAUCUUCGAGUACAUCCCGUUGCAUGCCAUGGACCAUGCCAAGACACCUCACCAGGUGGUCAAAAUGGAAAACUACCAUCGGAUGCAUUCGCUACUGUCCCAGCUGAAGGUCGGCGUUUUGGAACAGUUAAAGAAAGAGGCGAAGGUGCGUUACAACGAUGCCCUAAAAGCGUAUGUGACGAAAUACUUCGGACGACCGUUAGAGAAGUUGAACCAAUUUUUCGAAGGGGUUCAGCAGAAAGUACAGCAGGGCGUAAAGGAAACCGAAAUCAGCUACCAAAUGGCCUACUCGAAGCAAGAGCUGCGCAAGGUGAUCUCCCAAUAUCCUGCCCGAGAAGUGAAGAAAGGCCUAGAACAACUCUACAAAAAAGUGGAGAAACAUCUCUGUGACGAAGAGAACCUGCUGCAGGUUGUGUGGCGCGCCAUGCAGGAAGAAUUCAUCGCCCAGUACAACUCGCUGGAGCUGUGGAUUCAACGAUGCUAUGCAGGGGCGAUGAUAACGCUCGACUUUACGAUUAAGGACAUUCUGGACUUUUUCUCCGAGAUUGCAAGAUCGCACUGAGUUCGAGGACUGUGAUUGGCAGAUUAUUAUUAUUUGAGGCGUAAUCUGUACUGAAUUCAUCAAUGUUUCGCGUUCUGCAAUGAAACUCAGUCGUGCCCUACGUUUAACGAUGAAAAUCUUAUUCCAAAUUUACGUAUAACUUAACCAGAUUAAGUUGACAAUUAAUUUAUGAAUGAAAAUCUUAUUUUUCUUGUUGCACCAGUCUAUUUCAGUAGGAAUUCACAAAAAGUUAUAUAUUUACACGUUCUCCUUUAGAACUUAGAGUGGAAGCCGACUCGCGUUAUAAGUAAUCGAACAAAUAACAGAACCUUCCCAGUUUAAGCCGGGGAUGGCAUAAAACUAUAUCAAUUAUGUCGCUUAUUAAUACAUAACUAUUACGGACAAACUGUUGUAUAGAAGAGUUAAAUAAAAAGUGCUCUUGAUGCAUAUUCCACAAAAA